CAGAUUGCCCUGGCUAGUUUCUACGAAGAUGGUGGUGACGAAGACAUCAUGACCCUCCCACAACCAACCUCCAGCUCGGUUACCAGAGGCACUGCAGCCAGCGACCACAGGGUGACGUCGUUCCGUGACCUCGUUCACGCUCAGGAGGAAGAGGAGGAGGAAGAGGAAGGACAAAGGUUUUAUGCCGGUGGGUCAGAACGAAGCGGGCAGCAGAUUGUUGGCCCCCCGAGGAAGAAGAGUUCGAACGAGCUGGUGGAAGAUCUGUUCCGGGGGGCCAAAGAACACGGGGCCGUGGCCGUCGACAGGACAGCUAAGAGCCCCGGGGAAGGCAGCAGGCCAAAGCCCUUUGCCGGAGGCGGGUAUCGCUUGGGAGCGGCCCCCGAGGAAGAGUCCGCUUACGUCGCGGGAGAACUGAAGCAGAACGCCGCCCAAGAUGUCCACGUAGUCCUGAAGCUGUGGAAAAGCGGAUUUAGCUUAGACAGUGGCGAGCUGAGGAGCUACCAAGAUCCCUCCAACUCUCAGUUCCUGGAGUCCAUCCGUCGGGGAGAAGUCCCCGCCGAGCUCCGCCGGUUGGCGCGUGGCGGGCAUGUCAACCUGGAUCUAGAGGACCACCGCGAUGAGGAUUUCAUGAAGUCCAGGGGUACCUUCAAGGCAUUCACCGGAGAAGGCCAGAAGCUAGGCAGGUAAGUAAGCAAGGGGGGUAUUUAGGAACAGUCCUCGACGUACAACCACAAUCGAGCCCAAAGUUUCUGUCGUCAAGCGAAGCAUCCAUU